CGGAUAAUUUUAGUCUGAGCGAGGAAAAAAAACGCGAACUUUGAAAUUGUCAAAAUAUACUUCGGACACAAGUGAUUAAAGAGUUAGAGUCGAUCUUGUUGUGAAACUGAAAUUGAUUGCGAAAAGAGAGAGAGAUGGUAGCAGAAGCAGAGGUUGUGUUUCAACAGAGUUUGCCGUUAGUUCUGGAUAUUGACGGAGUUUCUUCCGCCGUCAUAUCUCCACUUUCUUCUCCCAAACUUGGUAUCCGUCGGUCGCCCGCGUCGGUUUCCGGCGGUUUAUCGACUUCUCCGGUGUUGGGUAUACAGCAGGAGGAUGUGUUCGAUUCUAGUGUCCCGGUUUAUGUUCCGACCAUACGGUCAGGAAGCUACGCUGAUAGAUAUAGGGCCAAAGAGAAACAUGGAAGACGAACACAUUUGCGUAGAUGAUCUAUCCUCCCAACUUAAUUGUCUUUCCGAAUUGCCAAAUCCUACUGCUUUCUAUGCGGUAUUUGACGGUCACGGAGGAUCAGAAGCAGCAACGUAUGUAAAACAAAACGCCAUCACAAAUGCAAAUGCUGGAGACUGCCGAGCGGUUCUUUGCAGAAAAGGCAGAGCCAUAGAGUUGUCUCACGACCAUACACCCAUCAAUCCACUAGAGAGAAGGAGAGUUGAAGAAUGUGGAGGUGUCAUCGAAGACGGUUACUUAAACGGAGAGCUAUCCGUGACGCGAGCUCUCGGCGACUGGGACAUGAAACGCACACCGCACGGCUCCUCCUCCUCUAAGUCUCCGCUUAUCUCCGAACCUGAGAUCAAGCAGAUAAGUUUAACGGAAGAGGACGAGUUUCUUGUGAUGGGGUGCGACGGGAUUUGGGAUGUGUUGACGAGCCAAGAAGCGGUUAGCAUCGUGAAGCGGGGAUUGAACAGGCACGACGAUCCAGCGAGAUGCGCGAGGGAGCUUGUGAUGGAGGCGCUGAGGCUGAACACGUUUGAUAACUUAACAGCUGUUGUGGUAAGCUUUGCGACGACGGUGGUUCCGUUGGAGAAGAAGAAGAAACAGUGUUUUAGCCUUACACCGGAGGCUUUACGUAGCUUGAGGAGUCUGUUGGAUGGCUGAAACUAUUGUGUUGUUAUUGUUGGUGACACUGAUGAUGAUGACGAAAAAUCUUAAGAGUUGUAGAGUGUAUACUAUAUAUAUGAUGGUGUGUGUCUAUGUGAUUACAGUUUUUGUGUACAAGCUUAAGCUGUUUGAUUGUUUUGUGUAUAGUGAGAAAAGAAUAUGUAUUGCUUGAUCUCAUCUUUUAUUAAUUAAAUUUAAACUGUUAAUUUC